ACGGCGACGCAGGAGAUGUCGGGCCAGGCUGUGAUAGGGUUUUGGGCAUGGACUUUACAGAGUGCUACGGAGACACCGUCUCCAGUGUCGCGGCUGCAGCUCGAUCAGGCUGCUGGAAGCGGGUGAAGAGGCUGAUAAGGAGAGGCUUCAGUGUGGACUGUCGAGACAACCGCGGCUGGAAUGCCCUGCAUGAGGCGGCAGCCGCUGGCAGUCUGCAGUGUGUGCAGGAAAUUUUGUCUGCUGUCGGCGCAGCAGGCUCCCCCCGUGGCUGCCGUUCCUAUGUGAACUCUUUGACACAUGAGGGGGAAUCUGCAUGUUACCUGGCAGCGGAACGUGGACACCUCGCGGUGGUCCGAAUCCUCCUGAAAGCACAUGCCAACAUCAACCAGCAAACAAAUGACUUAUCCUGUCCUUUGUAUGCAGCUGUAAACGGUGGGCACAAGGAGGUUGUAGAACUGCUGGUCAGUAAAGGUGCAGAGGUCAAUGGGACACACACCGCUUCCUGCUGGACCUGCCUUCAUCAAGCUGUUUAUAAGGGUCACAGGGAAAUUGUGCAUAUGCUGGUUAACGUGUCCAACUUGGAGGCACUAGACGACCACGGGAUCUCCCCUCUGUUUGUGGCUGCACAGUAUGGACAGCAGGAAUGCCUGGAAAUUCUUGUUAAUGCUGGUGCCAAUGUGAGCACCCAGGCAGCUGAUCUGGCCACACCGCUGCUGAUUGCCUCUCAGGAGGGCCACCAGGCCUGUGUGGAUUUCCUGUUGGACCAUGGGGCAGAUCCCAACAUAGCCUGCAGCCAUGACUGGCCGCAGCUUCCCAUUCAUGCUGCCGCAGAGUUUGGCCACAUCGGUGUCCUCAGGAGACUGAUAGCUGCUACGGAUCGUGCAUGUGACCGUGGUGAUGGCAUGGUGAGUCCACUGUACAUGGCCGUCCUCAGGCACCAGAGCAAAAGUGUUGAGAUGCUCUUGAGGGAAGGUUAUAGCCCAGACGCUCAGGACUGCACACACACCCUGGACAUCCGUUCACCACUCUCCUUCGCCUUGGGUCGCACAUCAAACAAACCAUACAGUGAAUCGGUGAGGUUGCUGGUAGCUGCAGGAGCUAGUUUGCACGAGGAGGACUGGAUUUAUGCCUUGGCCACUGACAAAACAGACCUUCUGCAACUGAUACUUGAGCACAGAUGGAUCUCACGACCAGAGACAUUGACUAGGAAGUGCUCUGAUCAUCAUGGGAAAACUAUAUUAAAGCCACAGGAACUGAGGGAGCUUAUCUGUGUGGCACUAAACCAAGUACAUUUUGCUGCCUGCUGGCUUCCUCUGCUUCUGAAGGCAGGACUCGAACCUUCUUUGCUGCUUCAGGUCAAGAUGUUGGAACAGGCAGACAGUGAUGUGUUGAAUUACCUGCUCGAGUUUGUAAACUGGUCGACUCUGUCCCCGCCUUUGAGACAUAUUCUGGAUCGAAGACGGGCGGAGAAGACUUGGCAACCAUGUCCACAUUUUGACUCCAUUAUCUGUCUUUCCCACAUCUGUCGGCUGCAGAUUAGGCUGCUGCUGGGACCAGAUCCACUGAUGAGGACCAAUGUAGUCCAGCAGCUGCCUGUGCCCUCCCCACUCCAUAGCUUUCUCCAAUUCAAAGACAUCCCAGAAAUUUCCUACAAACACUCACUCUCAUAACUACUUUUAAAUUGAAAACAGGGAUACAGCAGUGCACAGCAACACAGCCAUGUGCAUAUCAACCCGUGCAGUCUUCCCCUGUAUGUUGCUUUCAGGUUGUUUGCAUUUUAUGUAUUCUGUAACAGCUUAUUAAAGCUCCUCAUGGAAGCUAUUUGAUGUUUGUGUGUGAUAUUCAAACCAAAGAGACCAUGCGUUUAUGGUGUUACUAGUCCAUCAAGUGGGAAUAUUUGAGAUGUUUUGUGCAUCAUUUUACAGAUUUCCUCAAAAUUCUGCGUGUUUGGUAUCUUUGGAGACUUUGCAUUGACUGCACAGGUAGGCCAGUGAGGUUUAGACGCCCUCAUGAUACUUCAUCUGUGCCUUUUCAAAAAAAAUAUUUCACUCAUUUGCAUAUUGUAAUAUACUCAUGUCGUUUAUAUCUACUUACUUUUCUG